CUCCACCCAGCGUUCAGACCGCGGCGUUGCACGUACACUUCAGACCUGCUAGAAGCUCGAGGCGGCGGACAGUUUCGGAAGACGACGACGAAGAAGCUUUUUCGGUGGCUUUAAACUAUGGAGAGGAAAGUCGCCCGUGAAUUCCGACACCGGGUGGAGCUGCUGAUUGAUAAUGAAGCCGAGAAGGACUACCUGUACGACGUGCUGCGCAUGUACCACCAGUCGAUGGACCUUCCUGUUCUGGUGGGCGACCUCAAGCUGGUCAUUAAUGAGCCAAACCGUUUGCCUCUGUUUGACGCCAUUCGACCUCUGAUCCCCCUGAAGCAUCAAGUAGAAUACGAUCAGCUCAUUCCAAAGCGUUCCAGGAAGUUGAAGGAGGUGCGCCUGGACAGAAGUCAUCCCGACGGCCUGGGCCUGAGUGUUCGAGGGGGUCUGGAGUUUAAUUGUGGCCUGUUCAUCUCGCAGAUCGUGAAAGACGGACAAGCAGACAACGUGGGGCUGCAGGUGGGCGAUGAGAUUGUCCGGAUUAAUGGCUACUCGAUUUCUUCCUGCAUUCAUGAAGAAGUGGUCAACCUCAUCCGAACAAAGAAGACGGUGUCCCUGAAAGUGCGUCAUGUUGGCCUGAUUCCUGUCAAAAGCUCUUCAGAGGAACCUUUGAAGUGGCAGUUUGUGGAUCAGUUUGUCUCCGAGACUGGGGAGAAGAAGAACAGCGUCGCCGGGCUGAUGUCAAUUGGAGGGAAAGAAAUCAAAGAGAAGAAAGUCUUCCUCAGUCUGGUGGGAACAAAGGGCAUGGGCUGCAGCAUUUCGAGUGGACCAAACCAGAAACCCGGCAUCUUUAUUAGCAACGUCAAGCCGGGGUCUCUGUCUGCUGAGGUGGGGCUGCAGGUUGGUGACCAGAUUGUUGAAGUGAAUGGAGUGGAUUUUUCCAGUUUGGACCACCAAGAGGCCAUACAAGUUCUGAAGAGCAGCAGAAGCCUGACCAUCACGGUCCAUGCGGGUGCCGGCAAGGAGCUCUUCAUGACUGAGGACGAGCGGAUUGCAACAGAGAGGCGCCGAGAGCUGGACCGCCAGGAGCUCAUGCAUAAAAAGAAGAUGGCCAUGGAGACCAACAAGAUCUUGAAGGAGCAGCAGGAGAAGGAGCGAACGAGGAAGAUGGAGAUGAUACAGAAGACGGCCGAUGAAGAAGAAAGAUACCAAAAGGAGCUGGACAGAAUUGAAGCCGAGAACGUGAAACAUCAGAGGCAGUGGGAGGAAGACUGGGGUCCAAGAGAACCGCCCAAGAGCACACUGCCCCCCAAGGAGAUCAGUGCAAGCCCUCAGCCAAAGCAGAAGAACUCAGAUGCCUGGGCACCUGAGCUCGUCGCCGAUGAGGAUGCACCCAACAUCACUGAUGAUCCAAAGCCACAGGGGUUCAAGAAAUACGUUGAGGAUUUUGACCCCUACUCCAUGUUUGUACCCGAGCAGAUUGCUGGCAAAGACGUGCGUCUCCUGAGGAUCAAGAGGGAAGGCCCACUGGAUCUGGCAGUGGAGGGGGGCAUCAACUCCCCUCUUGGAAGAAUCGUCGUCUCUGCCAUCUAUGAGGACGGCUCAGCGGACAAGCAUGGAGGAAUUGUGAAAGGAGACGAGAUUUUGGCCGUCAACGGGAAGAUCCUCACCGACGCCACCCUGGAGGAGGCCCAGACGACACUGACGAGGGCCUGGAACAGCGGUGGGGACUGGAUUGACCUGGUCAUCGCAGUGUCACCACCAAAGGAGUAUGAAGAUGAAGUGACUUUCUUUUAGAAAAGAAGGCUGACAGGAUAGUGCCAAGGCUGCCACAAGAGGGCAGUAAAGAAGGCGGCAGUGUGAUAAAAAAUGAACAGAACAAAAAGACAACAAAUCAAAGUGGAUUUCUCCGUCAAUCGUUUGAACCCCUUGGGCACAGAGAGGUACCUGCAGGGGGUGACAGCAGGAGUUGGCAUAUCAAAGAUGAACUUACUGGAGUCAGAGGGCAACUGCCUUGCCAAAUUGAGUGAAAUAAAUCUGUCAUGCAAUCCA